AUGGGAGGAGGGGUGGCUCAACGUUUCAAUAUUUAUCUUCUCAUCGUGUUUCUGCUUCUUCUUUGCUUGCAUGAAUCCUGUUGCACACCAUCAAAUUAUCUCGAAGGUUCUGUCAUAAUGGAUAUAAGAGCGGAUGCACUUUUGCCUGAGAAUUCCCCGACUGCAGCUCCUCUGCCCCUACUUCCUCUUCUUGCACCUUCUCCAUUGACACCAUUUACGAAUAGCACUGUCCCAAAAUUAUCUGGGCUCUGUAUGCUGAACUUUACAGCUGUUGGAAAGAUGAUGAGUGUGACAUCAACUGAUUGUAUGGCUGGAUUUGCACCAUAUUUAGCUAACGUAGUGUGCUGUCCACAACUGGAAGCCAUUUUAGUCAUUCUCAUUGGUCAAUCUAGUAAAGAUACGAAUACACUUGCUCUGAAUGGGAAACUUGCGACUCAUUGCCUGUCAGAUCUUGAGAAAAUCCUGGUGAGUCAGGGGGCCAAUGACAGUCUACCGAGUAUGUGCUCUAUUCAUCCAUCAAAUCUUACUGAAGGUUCUUGCCUGGUUAAUGAUGUUAGUGAGUUUGAGAGCACAGUAGAUACAUCUAACCUUCUAGCUGCCUGUGGGAAAAUAGAUGCUGUGAAUGAAUGUUGUGAGCAGGUUUGUCAGAAUGCUAUAUCAGAAGCUGCUAAAAAGCUAGCUCAAAAAGUUUAUGAUCUUCUGAGCCUGGGUGGUACGCAAGCGUUGUCUGACCACUCAACUAGGGUCGGUGAUUGUAGAAGUAUCGUUCUCCGUUGGCUGGCAAGUAAACUUGAUCCUUCUCAUGCAAAAGAAAUUCUUCGAGGAUUAACUAAUUGCAAAAUUAAUAAAGUUUGCCCUCUGGAUUUCCCGAACUUGAGCCAUCUCAUAAAAGGGUGCAGUAAUGGAAUAAGUAACCAGACAGCAUGUUGCAUUGCUGUCAACAGCUAUGUGUCUCACCUUCAAAGGCAGAGCUUCGUCACCAAUUUGCAAGCUUUAAAUUGUGCAGCAUCACUUGGACUAAAAUUGCGGAAAGCAAACAUUUCAGAAAAUAUCUACAACAUGUGUGAUAUUGGCCUCAAGGAUUUCUCCCUUCAAGCUGGCACACAAGAAUCCGGAUGCCUUUUGCCUAGCUUACCAUCAGAUGUAGUAUUCGACCAGUCUGCAGGGGUCACCUUCCUUUGUGAUUUAAAUGAUAAUAUUCCAGCUCCUUGGCCUUCUACGUCUCAGUUGCCUGCUUCGUCGUGCAACAAAACAGUCAAAAUUCCUGCACUUCCUGCAGCAGCAUCAGGGCAAAGCCGCCUCGACAUCAAAUACAAGGAUUCCCUUCUGCUUUUAGUGGCCUCAGCUGCUUUCAUUAGUCUCGUGUAA